AUUUAAGGGGAAACUUAUCUGGGAUGACGUCAAGAGACGAUGCUGCGACAAAUUUGCCUCGCUUAUCUGCUGGCUUAGCGAGAAUUAUAAAAGGUCUGUUCAGCGCUGUGGAAGAUUAGUUUACCUGCAAUAUGAAGAGCUGCCUGUUGUUGCUCUGCCUAGGGGCGUUUGCCUGCGCUGCCAUUUUGCCUCUGGAACCAGCAAUGGACCCUUUGGGAACAGCAGUUGCGCCCACGAUGCCGCCCGGCAAUCUGGCAAUGGAGCUGCAGGAUUUGUACAGUUUGAUACAGUUUAAACAGCUGGACCAGCUCUUUGUGCGCUAUUUGAUCAACGAUGCGCAGUUCCAGGCCUUUGUACGCAUCAUUAACAGCAACGCCGGCGUCAUGGCACGUUGGCGUUGGCACAGUCAACCGGAGUUGCAUACGCUUCCAGGCCAAUGGUUCAGGCAGCGUCUGUUGCUGAGUGGCGGCAAAUUGAAAAUGAAGCACUUACAGGAAAUGGAAAUGUGCUUUACGCCCACCAAUCGUUAUAACUACUGGGCAAGUAGCGUCGCUGGCUGGCAGGGAUUCCUCAAUGAGCUGGAAAUGUACAUUCCUCUGCAUGCCAUACAAGCCCAGAUUGAUGCGCAUCUGCAACAAUCCGCCGAGUUUGUGCAAUUUUGGCAGCAAUUCGGCACCUUGAAGCUGGCUUAUGAGCGUUGGCUGACGCUGCCUUUCACGCAAGAUAUUGUGACUCAGUUGCAGGCGGCGGGCAUUGAUACGGUCCAGCUAGAUAGCCGCAUACGUCAGCUAUUUGGUUGGCCAGCUACCGUAACUGCCACUAACUCAACAACUGCUGUGCCGCCAGUUCCACCACAAGUAGUUUGAAUUUACAACACACUAUUUAA